AAACGGCUGGAGAGAAACAGAAAACGGAAUGGUGUUUGAACUCAUCGCCAACAUCUUGCCUCUCUUCCUCCUCCGGUAAGUGUAGAUCGUACGUAUCUCGUAAUUCGCAGCGAUGUUGAAGCGUAGUGAUAAAGUGAAACCUCCUUACGGAUCUCGAACUCAUCGAUUAGGAUUUACUCUCGUCGUUAUCGGUCUCCUAUUACUCACAGCUCUUUUGUUCCGUCUCGGCGACAAGAAUCACGAUCAACCGACACAGAUCGUCAAAGACAAACACGAGUCGUUGUCGUCGUUGUCUCAUCCAACCGUCGAGAUCCAGAACGGUACUAAUCUGAUAUGGAACAUACCAAACAAACCAAAGGCUGUUCUGUUCAUCGCACACGGUUGCCACAGGAAAGCUUCAGACUUUUGGGACAAAUCAUCAUCUUGUCCGAACUGUACCGGCUUACCAGAAGAGAAGGUUCUUGUCCGUACUGCUUUAUCCAAGAGCUUCGCUGUUGUCACAGUCUCCAGCUCCGGGACAUGCUGGAGUUUCGGGAAGGAGAAGAGAGUUGUUAGGGAUGUGAUCAAAACGUGGGUUAAGAAGCAUAAUCUCGAAAGGCUUCCUCUCGUUGCGUUAGGAGCUUCGUCUGGUGGAUACUUCGUCUCCGCUCUCGCGUUAGAUAUGGAGUUUAGUAGCAUCGUGCUUAUGAUCGCUGAAGGAGUGUUUGAUCGGAUUAGUGUAGACAAACGUUACCCGCCGACGCUUUUCGUGCACAUGCCUAAGGACGCGUACAGGCAGCAGAAGAUCAGAGAGUUUUUGGAAGGGUUGAGGGUUGAAGGCGUUGAUGCUGCGGAGAUCGAGUGUUUGGAUUUGCCGUUGUCUCCGGGGUUUUUGGCGGAUAGGAUUGAGGGUUUUGAUCGCGGCGUGUCGGCUCAAGUGUUUGGGGUGUUGAGAGAGAAGGGGUUUGUUGAUGAGAAGGGGUACAUGAAGCGCGACGGGAGGAGAACGCCGUGGAGACAAGCGCUUAGUGGGCACAAGAUAUCGUUGGAGGAGAGUUUGGUUACUCCUGUUGAAGAGGAGCUGAAUCUUGCUUAUGCGUAUCAUGAGAUGACGAGUUUGCAGUCUGAACAGAUCUUUAACUGGUUUGAAUCGCAUAUGGGAUGAAUGGUUAGUUUACGGCUGGAGUUAGAAAGGACUAUGAUCACUGUAGUGUCUCUGGUGAGAAGAUAGUUUUGUUAGUAGCGUAGCUUAACAUAAGGUGAGUUGCUUUUUGGUCCUCGUUUGUUUGUUUUUUAUCUAAAGACUACCAAGAAGUCUGUUGACUAUUGUGGUUCUUGAAUCUGUAACAACAACUCCACAUAUGAGAAUGUUGGAUGCUAUUGUGACUGUGAGCCGUAUUACGUUGUGAAGAAUUUUGCGGCAUAAUAAUGAUUUAUAUCUAUAGCAAGUCAUUCAAAGUUAGAACUA